AUUUCUGAGUUUCCAUGACUAUGGUGAAACAAAAGGUUAAGAUAAGAAGUUACUUUCAACUUUCUCUUAUGAACACUUUUUCCAUUCCAAUCCAAGAGUGUGAAGAAUAAGAGCUCCAAUCACACCACCAUGACGCACCUUUCUCCAUCGCAAUGUCUCACCCUGUCAGAGUCGCCGUCAUCGGCGCUGGCGUCGCCGGACUCGCCGUCGCUCGAGAGCUCCGCCGCGAGGGCCUCGACGUCGUCGUGUUUGAGAAAAGCCACCACCUCGGAGGCACGUGGCGCUACGACCAGCGGAUCGACUCCGAUCCUGUCGGCUCGGAUCCGAACCGGGAGGUGGUGCACACGAGCCUCUACCGCUCCCUCCGGACCAACCUGCCGAGGCAGCUCAUGGGCUUUCUCGACUACCCAUUUCCGGACCGUCCGGAUGGGGACUCGAGGACUUUUCCGGGUCACGAGGAGGUGCUGUGGUUUCUGAACAAGUUCGCGGACGAGUUCGGGCUUGUCGGGUUGAUCCGGUUCGGGUGGGAGGUUGUUCGGGUAGAGCGAGUCUCGGGGAGGAGUGACUCGUGGGUGGUUGAGUCGAGCACUUGUGACUCGGUUUUGAGUCGGGAGAUUUUUGGAGCUGUUGUUGUUUGCUCUGGUCACUUCACUCAACCCAGGGUGCCAACAAUUCCUGGGAUUGAAAAGUGGCCAGGAUACCAAAUUCAUAGUCACAAUUACCGAGUGCCAGAACCUUUUCGGGAUCAGGUCGUGGUUGUCAUUGGAUUUGCAUCUAGUGCCACUGACAUCUCAAUAGAAAUUUCAAAAGUAGCUAAGGAGGUUCAUAUAGCAACUAGAAGUCCAGAUGUAAAGGCUGUGAAGUUAGCAAAUCAUGAUAACAUGUGGCAGCAUAAAAUGGUAAAAUGUGUAUCUGAAGAUAGGUUGGUUGCUUUUGACGAUGGAUCCUCUGUGUAUGCAGAUGUCAUACUCUACUGCACUGGAUACAAGCAUCACUAUCCAUUUCUUGAAACAAAUGGAAUAGUGACCAUUGAGGAUAAUCGUGUUGGCCCAUUAUACAAGCAUGUCUUUCCUCCUGCAUUGGCUCCUUGGCUCUCUUUCAUUGGUAUUACUGAAAAGGACAUCAUCUUCGAAAUGAUGGAGUUGCAAUGCAAGUGGGUAGCACGUGUUUUAUCUGGUAAGGUCCUGUUACCAACUGAAAAGGAGAUGAUGGAUUAUGUUGAGGAAUACUAUCAACAAAUAGAAAAAGAUGGAUUUCCCAGACACAUGACUCAUUACUUGCAUUUUAAAGAGGAAAACAAUCCUUUAGUCACGAGGGUGGGACGACUCGAGCAAGUUUGUUCGGAAUAACAAGUGUGUGAGAUUGGGUACAAGAGAUAGAUUAAGGUUCUUCAUGAUAAUGUCGGGAGGUUUGUGAUGACGAUGUGUUUGGAGACCGUGUUGAUAAGGAUGACAUCGAUGGUAUGGUUAUGAUAUGGUUGGUGAAGAUGUUGAUGACGAGCAUGUGUAGAAAUGAUGAUGUUAGUAUGGAUAGCGCUAUAGAUGAAUGUUUGUUAUUAUGUUAUGUUUCUUUGUUAUGUGUAUAUUAUAUUGUUAUUGGUUGUGUUAAUUGUAGCUUGCCUAUAUUUGUUUGUGUGAUGAUCGUAUACCUUUGGUUAUACGAGAGCCGAGAAUGUUGCAAAUGCUCUAAAUGCAUGAUAAAGAUGCUAGAUUG